UCCCAGCAGCUACCAUGCAAAGUGUCGUAGUUCUACAACUUAGCAUAGCUUUGAUGCUAGUAACAUCGGGUUUGGGAGCCAAUAUUCUUUGUUUAACUCCUAUUCCCAGCCCUAGUCAUCAUAUUUGGAACCGAGCAUGGAUGGAAGCCUUGGCAGCAAGGGGACACAAUUUGACGAUCGUUUCGGCCGACGUGGAAAGGAUCCCAGCGCAACCCAACAUGACCUACAUUCACCUGGAAAAGGCAUACUCGUACCUGCACGAGGAAAUAGAUCUGAAUGAAAUGGCCCGUGAAAAUGCCUUCGGUGGAGUGCGAAGUUUGUAUGCCUGGGGAACUGGGAUGUGCAGAGGAGUGCUUCGUUCUGCAGGAAUGGAUCGUAUAAUGGCAUACCCAGACGAUUUCCGAAUAGAUCUCGUUGUUGCCGAUAUCACCUUGGGACCGUGCUUACUAGGGUUGUUACAGAAAUUCAGCAAUCCACCGGUGAUAGGCGUUACGGCGUAUAACAAUCCGAGCUUCACACCCGAUUUCAUCGGUGGACACAAACAUUACGCUUAUGUUCCUUACGCGAUGCUCAACUACGACGAUGAUAUGAACUUUUUCCAACGGUUGUACAAUUAUUUGGUGUACUGUUAUGAUCACUACUAUCGCCAUCACGUAUAUCUUCCCACUAUUGAAGACUACAUGAAACAGUACUAUAAGCUGGAUAAUCCGGAGAGUGCUGCAGAACUGGAGAAGCGCGUCUUUUUGUUGCUGGCGAACUAUCACUACGCAGUCGACUUCCCGGAAUCCGUCCCACCGAAUCACAUUCCAGUGGGUGGCCUACAGGUCAUCGCACCGAAAGAACUUCCCACGGACAUCAAAUCAUUCAUCGAAGCCGGUCCGAAGGGAUCCGUGCUGUUUUCGCUGGGCACUAAUAUCAUGAGCAGCGAUCUUGGCGAUACCACGAUUCGGUUGUUUCUCGACAUUUUUCGACAGUUUCCUCAGUACAAUUUUCUGUGGAAGUUCGAAACCGAGCUGAAAUUCGAUCUACCCAAAAAUGUUAUGAUAAAACAAUUUGUACCACAGGCCGACAUUCUGGCACAUCCCCAUGUUAGGGCCUUCAUAACCCACGGUGGAAUGCUCAGUACCCACGAAGCCACCUGGCAUGGAGUUCCGAUGGUGGGCAUUCCGUUUAUCUGCGAUCAAUAUCGAAAUCUCCACAAAUCCGUUCGGGCCGGAGUUGCCAUCAAACUCGACCACGACGCCCUCACCGCCGAGAAGAUCCGGAAUGCAUUGAUGCAAGUUCUGGAGACACCUUCCUAUCGGGAGCGAAUGCGCGUAAGAUCAUCUCUGUUCCGUGACCAACCGGAACAUCCCUUGGUUCGUGCCAUCUGGUGGAUUGAAUGGGCCAUCCGUCACCCUAAUUCCAGAUCAAUACAGUCUCCUUCCAAGUGGAUGGCAUCCUGGAAAAGCGAACUUUACGAUGUGAAACUGUUCAUCGUUGUUGUACUGAUCAUUGCCGGAUUAGGCGCCAAAGCUGUUUUGUCGAACUUUCUGACCACACGCGUGAGUAAAAACGAUUUGAAUGACAAGAAGAAGAAAUAAAUCCGUGACGCUUUGUUUUCGAUUUGAA